AAGUUUACUUUAGAGGACAGUCUGCUUAAAAAAUAAAGGCCGCGGUUUCAGUAUGCUGAUGAGGAAAGGAUCGAUUGUAGGAUCAGCAAUUCUAUAACAUGAGCAAUGAGGUGUAGUUGAUAGCAGAGACACAACUAAAUAAGAAGAGUUAAAGGGAGGAAGCUACCUGAAGACAGUUGUACUCCUAAAGGUCUUUUUUUUUUCUUCUGUGAUUUUUAAAAAGAACAUUGCUCAGAAUGAAACCGCGGGAUAUUGUACAUGAAAAAAACAGCCUUUGGAUCUUUGGAUAUGGAUCUUUAGUUUGGAAACCAGAUUUUUCUUAUAAAAGAAGGAAAGUUGGUUACAUUAAAGGAUACAAAAGGCGAUUUUGGCAUGGAGAUGAUUUCCAUAGAGGGGAUAAGGAAAAGCCAGGCAGAGUUGUUACACUAAUAGAGGAUCAGGAGGCCUGCACAUGGGGUGUUGCCUAUGAAGUGACUAAGUCCCACAUGGAGGAGUCCCUUCAGUACCUCAAUGUCAGAGAGGUUCUGUUGGGGGGAUACACCACAGAAGUAGUUGAGUUUCUUCCUAAAGAGAAGAGCCACAGUUCUCUGCUGGCACUCGUCUACAUCGCCACAUCAGACAACCCCAUCUACCUGGGUCCGGCCUCGGACGUGGAGAUCGCAGCCCAGAUUGCGGUUUCCAGAGGGAAAACAGGACACAACGUUGAAUAUCUGCUCCGGCUGGCAGAGUUUAUGAGGCUGUCCUGUCCAGAGGUGGAGGACGAGCACCUGUUUUCUAUCGAGGCGGCUCUUUUAAAGAUUUUCCCAGGUGGAGAGAUCACACCCUCAGCCUUAAAAUCCUUAUAACAGGGACUGGAUGAUUGCACACAGCACUUCUUCUUUUAAAAGGGACCUGAUGAUUUAGGUUAGGAUGAUUUUGGUGCUUAAAAUCUGUAAAACUUGAUUUAAAGGAGUUUCUCUUUUUAUCUGUAAUUGAGAGUUAGCACAUACACUUAUAA